UAUCCGUUCAUCGAAGUCACCGGAUCAUGCCUGCCAGCCAAUCAGCCAGCCAGCCAGAGUUCAAUCCUGUGAAAUGCUGUUUUCCGUAUAUUACAGCUUGGUUAUCAUGGCUUUGUUGCUUGGGUUCACUGCUUGGCUUGAAAUAGGUUGGAGGGAAAUAAUCUUGUGCUGGCAGUCCAUAACAUGCUCUUUAAGCGCUUCAGAAUCACAGAAGCGAUGUGGACAACCUUUAUGUGGACAUGGAAAAUCUGUGAUGAAAGAAUGAUGGCUGUCAGUGUCGAUCGUCUUAUUUUGUCUCUGAUCCUAC